AGUUUGAGUCAGGUCGCCGACUGCAUGGCAUACGUACUGGUGCUGCUGUCGUAGAAUGAUUGAACGCAUGCAGAGUUUGGUUCUGGUAGAGAAAUAUCAUCUACUCAUGAAUCAAGCAUGAGUGAAUCACGAUGGAGGUGACCAGGCACACAGAUCUUGAUGUGGUUGCAUUAACGGAGCGCAUUGUACUGUUUCGCAGCCCCUGGCUAUUGGCUACUCACAAAGAGUGUCACCGGAACAACAUCGAUGACCUGGCCACAUUCGUGAAGAGUAUUCCUUUGUCUCCCAGAUGUUGGCAUAAUUCUAGGAAACUACGAAAGACUUAGAGGGAACGCUUACUUAGUCGUUCUCCGAAAAUAUUCCAAAAUUGCCAGGUCUGAGUAUCGCUUCGGCCGUCAAAGCAGCUACAGCUGCCAGCCAAGUAGCGACAUCUGGUGGAGACAAGACACCUACCGCAGGCGCAGCAUCGAAAAGCGAAACAACUGAAAAACAAGGCCAGGAACAGGACAGGUGUUUUUUUCAGAUUUUCGAUUUAUCUGGCAACUCGAUUUUGAAAGAAUACGGUGCCGAAAAAUUUGGAUCGCGCUUGCUCAGCUUCGAUUACAACUCUAGCAGUGACCAUGGGCCGCCGGCUUUGGAAUUAAUAUUGGAGUUUUGUCUAUCCCUUUAUUGGUGGCUCGACCUGGAUCCGCGGAACAUCGCUUUUGUGCACUUCAAAGAC